GUGGGAUCAAGCGCACAACAUGAUCUGUUCACGUGAAGGAGGCGAUGAGAAGAGGAGAAUUCAGUUUGAGCUUCCAACUUUCCAUGGAGGAGGCAGCUAGUGGAGCAAGCAGACAGUGAGUGAUGGGCAGAGCACAGCUCAUCCGUCUCCAUCUGAUUUCACGCAUGAGCGAAAUCGUUGUUGGCCUCUGCCAGCAUCUUUUUCCCGCGGCCUGUUCCGUUGCUGUCCCAAGAAACUCAGCUGCGGGACGGUGGCACCUCCGCCGGCGAUGGAAGCGGAGGAGCUCCUGAAGAAGCUAUGGGCGCUGGAGGAGGGGCAGGCGGAGCUCGAGCGGGAGAUAGGCAGGCUCGCGCCGCCGGAGGCAGAGCGCCGUGGCGGUGCGCGGCCCACGGCCCACCGCCGCCGCCGCACUCCCGCUGCGUUCCCGCCCUCGUCGUCGCGGCGCGCCAUCGCCGCGUUCCCGCACCCGUCUUUUUCGUCGCGGCUGCUGCACCGCGCCGCCAGGCUGUCCGACAGGCACUGCCACUGGAUACUGCAGUCGCUGGGGCAGGCCGUGCACAUCAUCGCGCCCGACGGCAAGCUCCUGUACUGGAACCGGUAUGCCGAGCAUAUGUUUGGCUAUUCUGCAUCAGAAGCGAUCGGCCGAGAUGCCGUUGAAUUAAUUGUUCAUCCUACUGACUUUGAUGCAGCAAAUAUCGUUAUCCAGAAUAUAUUUAUGGGCAAGUGUUUUAGAGGAAAAUUUCCUGUUAAAAACAAGUCAGGAGAGAGGUUCUUUAUUGUUGUCAACAACACACCUUUAUAUGAUGACGAUGGUAGCUUGAUUGGCCUUAUAUGUCUCUCUCUUGAUGUACGGACACUGCAAGAGGUAUUUAGUCCUUCAGCCACAGCGCAAUCCUUUGAAAGUUCAGCAAAGCCCGAUUUUCAUGUUAACAACCGGCCUAAAAGUGGUUCGCGAAACAAAGCUUAUUUUGACUCGCAGCAACCUCUUCAAUCUACUAUCACCUCCAAGAUCACAACUUUUGCCACCAAGGUUACAAGUAGAGCUCGUUCGAGGGUAAGGACAGGACAUAAUUGCAACGUACAGUACAGUAGCGGCUGUAAGGACCAGGAUUCUGAACAUGAGGUCAGGGCUGAGCUGACAUCAAGUGAAGCAAUUACCCCAAAUGGGGAUGUACGUCAUGGUGUGUUUGUUGCAGAAGAGAAAUCUUCUGGGAAAUCAAGCAAAACUAGUGAUGAUUCAGGAGAAGGAAAAGUAGGGUUUCACAAAAUGUUUAGUUCAAAGGCUGAGGGAUUACUGGCCGAGAAGGGGAUGUCGUGGCCUUGGAAAGGGCGUGAAACUGGUGGCAGUUCUGGAAAGAAUAAGGUGACCUCAACACCUUUGCAUGAUAAGCAAGAAAAUGACCGGAGUCAUCAGAGAGUUCCAGAGCCUAUCAUAAUUCCAGAGCGUCAAGAUAGUGAAUGUGCGCAGACAAGCAAAUAUGAGGUCUCAGGUUCCUGGUGGACUUUCAACAAUAAUAGUACAAGUAGUAUGAGCAGCACGAGUUCAAAUGGCAGUCCUAUCGAGAGAUUAGCUUACGAAGCAGACUGCUUGGAUUAUGAGAUUCUGUGGGAAGACCUAGUAGUUGGAGAACAAAUAGGUCAAGGUUCUUGCGGAACAGUGUAUCAUGCUUUGUGGUAUGGCUCGGAUGUGGCAGUUAAAUUGUUCUCCGGGCAGGAAUAUUCAGAAGAAAUGAUAAAUACCUUCAGACAAGAGGUAUCAUUGAUGAAAAAACUGAGGCAUCCCAAUAUAAUACUUUUCAUGGGUGCAGUUGCAUCACAGUGGCGACUUUGCAUUGUUACCGAAUUUCUCCCACGAGGGAGUUUGUUUCGGUUGCUUCAAAAGAACACUGGCAAGCUGGAUCCAAGACGGAGAGUUAACAUGGCUAUAGACAUCGCAAGGGGCAUGAAUUAUCUUCACAAUUCCAUCCCCACAGUUGUGCACCGUGAUUUAAAAUCAUCAAACCUGUUGGUUGAUAAGAACUGGACUGUAAAGGUUGCAGACUUUGGUCUUUCGCGCCUCAAACUCGAAACAUUUUUGACAACAAAAACUGGAAAAGGAACACCGCAGUGGAUGGCUCCAGAGGUGCUACGCAGUGAACCUUCAAACGAAAAGUCUGAUGUAUACAGCUAUGGAGUGGUCCUAUGGGAGAUUGCUACUCAGAAGAUACCCUGGGAUACUCUCAAUCCAAUGCAGGUUAUCGGGGCUGUGGGUUUCAUGGAUCAAAGGCUGGAAAUUCCGACCAACACCGACCCUGAGUGGGCAUCGAUCAUCGAGAGUUGUUGGGACAGUGACCCGCAACGCCGCCCGUCAUUCCAGAAACUCCUGGAGAGGCUCCAGGAGCUGCAAAAGCAGUAUGCCGUGGAGGCUCAGACACACAGGAAAACUGCUGGGGAAGGUGCCGGAAAGAUGAGCGGGGAAGAUUGCUAGCUUUGUGUCCUGACGGUGAUGAUUGCAGCUACCAUUUUGAGGGUAAUCGGUUCAUCAGACGCGAGCUGAGGAGGAACGAUGGCGAGCAGGAAUACGCUGUGCAGUGUGUAGAGUACCACGGAGACAAAGAGGUGGUGCAUGACUUCUGAAAUCCCGCAAGCUGAAGCUUUGGAAUGCAGUUUGUUUCAAGGCAGGGAGGGUAGAGCCGUAGGUGAGGUGAGAUGAGAUGAGACUGGUAACCGUUCGAGGAUCUUAACUCGUGAUGAUGUAUUGUACGUAUGCUAGUAGUUCUCAGGAAGCGUGAAUCCCUGUUCUUUUUUGGGUAAAGCAAGCACUUUAUUAAGACUUAA